GGGGGGGCUUAUGCGAGAUAACGACACAUGAACUUCUCGCCGCUUCGUGAGCCGCCGCAAAUGUCUGCCUGCCCACCAGUUGGUCCGCUCGCCGAACCCCCCGGGUUGGAUGAAUGGUUUCGUCUAAUUAAACAUUGGCGGAGAGGGGUGAUGUUGGAUAUGCGAGACCAACGAAAAUGCAGGCAGUAGCCGCCACACGCACGAUUAACGGUCGUCCGACAUCACGCCCACCCAACGCUCGAAGUGUCAGAAGUCCAGACUCGGAGCUAUUGUGGAUUGCCCUGUCCCGCCCCAAACCUUUCCCCCACGAGGCUCGACAGCCUGAUCCGAUCCACAGACACUGGGAACCCACGAGGCGCCCCGGGAAGGGCUAUUCGGGCAACGACCGCAGCCUCCUUGGGGUGAACGUGAGCGAAGACGAUGUCUGGUUCGCAGGAAAAGAUGGCUUUCUGCUUAUCUAUGGAGCGCGCGGUUGCGCGGGAGCGGAGGCUUUGCGGAGCGGACGAACCCAACCAGAAGGAGCUGGUUCACACUACCCUGUCAUCGCGUGGGGUGGCCCUCAACCCGCUGGCCUUUGCCAAGCAUCCGGGGCCCAUCCGUACCGUGGAAUUGGGGGACCCUGAAUGCUUCGAGAAAAAAAAGAUUUUUUUUUCUCCCCCAUCUUAGGAGCGGCCACGGCAAGCGUACCGGCUCUAUUUCCGUGCUCCGAAAGGGACGCUUAUGUUGUCGAAUGCUAGUUAUAACGGCACACCGGCCAUGGUUGGUGAUGACAGACGCCAAUGCCGUAAUACACACGACUAUCUGAUUCCCGGUGGCACCUUUUUGCCAUCUUACGGAUUUGUGUGUCCGCUUAGCACAGGCAGUCGAGAUACCGUUUGUGAA